CUCGUGCGUGCGUGUUCUCCGCGUACGUACCGCAGUUUUUUCCGCAUCGUAGUUUUUCCGAAUUUUCGACCUCCCAGGAUUUAUGUGCGUUAAGCCUUGUCGGAAAACUAACACGUCAUACAAAAUCGUCGUUAAGCAUUAAGCUUCUCUCAAUCCGAAACCAGUGCUGUGACCUUAGUGACAAUUAAUUAUAAUAAGUUAAUUUAUUUGAGCUUCUUUGUUUUGUAUUUGUUUUGCAUGUCGCGCGUGUUCCACCGUGGAAGUGUUAUCAAAAGCAAUCCGAAAUUAUGUUUUAAGUAAUACGGGAGCAAAUCUUCGCAUUCCUCAUCCUCAUACUGAAAUGCUGUGCGACUAACGGGCAAUUAUGCUGGAUUGUGUAGUUUUCUGUGCUAGUGCUCUGGAAUGAAGUGUUGUAAGCAGUUGGCGAAUAGUAAACAGUGUAUGCGAUAGUAGUGCUGCAAUUCGUAGAAAAUGCAACAGCCACAAAAGCAUCAAGCAGGCGUCCAAUAGAAACCAUCGCACAUUUCCAAGCAUCGGAAAAACCUCCUCAAAAAAGCAUUCAGUGUGUGCCUUAGAGAAAAAUAGUGUGUUGAUAUCCAGCGAUCGGAGCAGAAUCCAGCGGUUCCUUUAUAGGCAUCGCAGUACCACAAGUCCUGAUCAACAUCUUUCCCACCAAAAUCAUCCUAUAUGGUAAUGGCAGAGAUCGGUGGCCCAUUGGCACACCAACUACCCUUACACAAUCAUAGAGGUGGACUGGUGCAACCGUCGCUGGUAAUGAACCAUCACCUGGAUUCUUUGGACAGCAGUUGCCAUGGACCAAACAUUCAUCCAAAAAAAGAACGCUUAUCCUUGUGCGUUGGAUGCGGCGGUCAAAUACAUGACCAAUACAUCCUGCGUGUCGCACCAGACCUCGAGUGGCAUGCGGCCUGCCUAAAGUGCCAGGAGUGUCGUCAAUUUCUGGACGAGAGCUGUACCUGUUUCGUGCGUGACGGCAAAACCUAUUGCAAGCGAGAUUAUGUGAGAUUAUUCGGUACCAAAUGUGAUAAGUGCGGGAGCUCUUUUAGCAAAAACGACUUCGUGAUGCGGGCCAAAACGAAAAUCUACCACAUAGAAUGCUUCCGAUGUUCGGCAUGCGCUCGGCAACUAAUACCAGGUGACGAGUUUGCGCUCCGGGAUGGUGGUUCGCUGUACUGUAAGGAGGACCAUGAUCAUUUGGAGAAAUCGUCCCAAAAUGGCCUCAUACAGGGCGUAGAGCCCAACAACAACAUCAGCGGCAAUGCCAACAACAACAACAACAACAUCAGCAGUACCAAUAACAACAAUAAUAGUUUAAGCAAUAAUAAUCACUCGAGUGAACUUGGCUCCAUGUCAGAUUCUGGCAGCGAAUCGGGAUCUCAUAAAAGCUUGCGAGGCAAAGGACCCUCCGGACCUUCGGACGGUAAACCGACGCGAGUGCGGACGGUUUUAAACGAGAAGCAGCUACACACACUACGCACGUGCUACAAUGCAAACCCCCGGCCCGACGCACUGAUGAAGGAGCAGCUAGUGGAGAUGACCGGUCUGUCACCGCGGGUCAUACGGGUUUGGUUCCAGAACAAGCGCUGCAAGGAUAAGAAAAAAACCAUCCAAAUGAAACUGCAGAUGCAGCAGGAGAAAGAAGGUCGAAAGUUGGGAUAUGGAAUGCAGGGUAUACCGAUGGUGGCCAGCUCGCCCGUUAGACACGACUCGCCGCUCAAUCUGCACGGCCUAGAGGUAACGGCGUAUCAGCCACCGUGGAAGGCACUGUCCGAUUUUGCACUCCACUCCGAUCUCGAUAGCAACGGGUCGAUCAAUACGCACACACCCGCUUUCCAGCAUUUAGUCAAUCAGAUGCAUGGCUACGACGUCGGUAAUGGUGGUGGUGGCGGUCCUGGAGGUGGCCCCGGCGGAAUGCCACCCAUGCCGGGCCAGGGAGGCCAGGUUCCUCCGAUCGGUUCGCACAUGGAUCUUAGUGGGCACCAUCAUCCGGAUAGUACGGACUCCUACGUAACGUAUCUGGAAAGCGACGACAGCAUGCAGGGCAGCCCGUAAUUUGUUUGCUCACACAGAAAACACAAACCAGCAUAACAGCCCGCCGAGGUACGGGAGUAAGCAAUCGUAAGGCAAUAUUUGGAAGCAUAGCUUUUAUUGAAGCAACACAAAAAUGCCCCAUUCAACUGAAACGCACCAGAGAAUGAUAUUUGCAAAAAACAAUGCCAGGAACAAUGCUUUUCAUAGCCUCGUUAUUGUAGGAGUUAGGACAAUUUGUUACAACACAACACUCUGUCUCUAAGUUAUUCCUCAACAGUAUGGUUUUAGUGCAACGCUGUCGAUCGUCGAAUGCUCGCUUUAAGUAGCAUUGUGGAGGUUGUCUGUUCGUGUAUUUUAAAUUUGGUUAGCAUUUUUAUUUUAUUUAAUAAAAAAAAAGUUUACAAUAAUGGAACAAACGGGGAAAGCCAAAUGAACAUGCAAGAGGGUUGACGUUCUCAAAGUUGAUUUACAAUAGAUUGGUUAACACAAUAGAAAACCUAGCUCGGACGUAAUAGCGUAAAGUAAGCAGGUAGGGCAAUAAUGCGGCCCGUUGUAAAUAUUGUAAAAUAUUUUCCAUUAGCGAACGUCCACUAGAACACUUCUACCUACCGAAUCACUCACUCAAACACGCAAACACACACUUGCCUCUGGUUCUGGAAAUGGUAAGCGGGAUGGUAGUUAUUGGAAGGCAUUUUAAAAACGGGAACAGUAUAAUCCGAGCUCGAAUGAAACACAGAAAUUGAUACGAUUAGCAAAACUAUUGUUUAGGUGUAAAACUAAAAUGGCAACCGCUAAAAAAAACUAGCAGACCGAACAAGCAUUGGGCGAAAGAUGUUCAGAGUAAUGGAAGAAUGAGUAAAACAUGUUUCUCGUCUCACUUGAAGCCGGCUGGCAGCAUCAUUUAAGAUCAAUUGACGGAGGAAACUAACUGGCUUUUUUGUGCGUAAGUGAGGCCAUCGAGUGAAUUAAGUUCAGGAAGAUAGAUAGUGGUCUGAUGAAGGAGAUGUAGGUUUAAAUAAUCUAAUCAUACAAAAAAUAUCGGUAUUUAAAGAAAACUUUGAAAAAAUAAGCAUGAAAAAACAAAACAGAAAAUAAAAGUAAAAUUGAAACAUA